AUGGCGGACGUGUGCGCGGGCAGGCCUGCAACAGUGCGCGUAGUCCACGGCCCGGUUUACGGCUAUGCGAACAGCGCGGCCACUUCCAGCCCGGCCUGGGCUAUGCAGCCACAGGAGCCUCGAAACGGGCGCAUAGUACCGAACCGCGUGGCAAAGGCCCAAUGGCCUGCGAACUUGGCACAUCCGGGUGUGCAGUGCAGGACCCCCGCUGCCCAGACCACGAUGCCCAAGGCCAUGCCAGGCGGCGCGCAGCUGCCCUGCGCCAGCAAGCGGGUCUUCACCAAUGCCAAGUCGCUGAUGAUGAGCUACAACUUCAAGGGCGACUUCCAGAUCAACGGAAGGCCGCUGAUCCUUGCGGUUGACCCUGUGAACUCUCAGAGGUCCCACGUGGCUACUGGCCUGCGCGCCUGGGACGGGGGCAUCGUGCUGGCGAAGUACCUGGAGAAAUGCGUGCAGAAGGUUCAGCCAGCUCCCAGGUUCACAGCACUAGGCCUGUCUGACGCCCAGAGCAAGCCAUGCUGGUCCUGCAAGACGAAGGAGCCCGAAGGCAAUCCUCUGUGCUGGGAGUCUGCCAACUUCCAGGAUCGUGCCUUGAGCUUCGGGGAGUGCUGCGGGAGCGAGGGGGCGGCCUCUGCAUGCUUCGAUCGCAUGGACGGCUGGUAUACCUUCGACUUCUGCUGCCUGCCACCGGCUCCGGAGCAUGAGAAUUGCAGCUGGCCUCAAGUGGUGAACGGCCUAGAGGAGGAUCUUCGAUUCCUUGAGAACUUCCCGGUGGUUCUGCGCGAGGUGUGCUGCGUGUUUCCGCACGGCAACUGCUGGCCUUCGGCUCGCGAAGGGGAUCUGCCGGAAGGUUUUGCUGAAUGCUGCUUUCCGGGCUUGCGCCGGAUGCUCCUGGACCCGGAUGGCGCUGGAAGCUGGGCCAAAGAGGACUUGGAGGAGGAGUUCCGCCCUUUGGAGGGGCGGACGUGGUCGAAGUGGGAGCUGGAUGCCUUCGCCGAGGAAAUGGAUCGUGUCCGCGAGACGCGCCCGGGGAAGCUGGUGGAUCUUCCCUGCCGCAUCCGAAUCGGAGAUCACGGGCGGCAAAUGAUCGGCUGCGACUGGCGGCAGUGCCAGUCUUCUCGCGACUCCGCCAAUGACUGCUCCUACGUGCGAGCCGUGGAGAUUGCACUCCGCAUCCUGAACACACAUCUUCCGCUGCCAGACGUGGAUCUCUUCAUCAGCCCCACAGAGAACGACGCGGGCGACUGGCCCGUUCCUAUCUUCACCCGAUGCCGCCCGCAGGAGCCUCGCGGGCUCUACGUGCUCCUGCCCUUCGAGUGGCAGUUGCACCCCUGGCAGGGCCGCAAAGCCACAGCCGGAUUCCGCAAGGCCAGGGCCCAGUUCCCCUGGGAGUCCCGGGCUGCGACGCUGAUCUGGAGGGGAACCAACUCCAACUGGGUGAACCGGCCCUGUUCCAUGAAGGAGGUGUCAGAUGGAUCUGUGCCAUGGAGUGCAUGUCUAGAAGGCUUGCAAGAUGAGAUCCUGGGCCUCUGGGACGAGCGCUUCGCGCUGAUGUGGAACUCCACGAACUGGUACAACACCCCGCGCGGCGCCUUGGUCCUUCUGUCCCACUACGUCCGCAGCAUCGACGCGAAGUGGACAGGCACCUCGCACGCCAUGGAGCCUGACUUGUGGGAGUACUUCGAGAGGAUGGACAUGACCUCCGACGCUCUGAAGGCACUGGAGCAGAUGAGGUACAAGUAUGGGAUGAACAUUGAAGGCACCGGGAAUGGCGAUCGUGUGUACUGGCAGCUUCAGAUGGGACAGGUGGUGCUGAACCACGAGAGCUCACAGGUGGCGUGGCUCCUGGUGGAUCUCGCCAACCGAAGCCGCCGUGGUAUCCUGAAGCCUUUCAAGCACUAUGUCCCUGUGCGCUAUGACCUCGGAGACUUGGUCAAGCACGUGGACUGGCUGCAGAGGAAUGAUGAGGUGGCCGCUUCCAUAGCGUCAGCAGCCACUCACGUCGCAGAGACGUACUUGGGCUAUGAUGGAGUGCUGUUCUACUUGGACCGUGCUGUCCGCCGCUACGCCCUGCACCUGCGCUUGGCCGACAGCGGAUUCUCGUCGGCAGACCACAGAGUCCAGCAUGACCACAUGGCUGACCCGCCGAAUCAUUGCUCUAAGAGUGGACCAGAGCCCCAACCUGGAUGGAGUGGCUCCUACGGUGCCAUGCGGAAGAUGGCGAGAGGAGUGCCAGAAGUUACUCUGGGUAAUCAGAUGACGAAUGCAAUUAGUCAGAUGACGAAGGCUGCCAAAUUGCCGGCGACGCGGCUGCCAUGCUUGGGCGCUCGGAUGGCGCUCCCGCGGCUGACGAGGCAGAUAAAGGAGGCUGGGCGGCUGCGCCAGUGGGAAGUGUCGCUGAGCCUUUUCACGCAGGCGCUUGGACACCAGGCAGAUGCUGCUGUCUUCAACACAGCCAUGAGCGCUUGCGUUGCGGCCAGGAAGUGGGCCGUGGCCCUGGAGAUCUUUGGCCAGAUGGGCCAUUGGCAGGCCGACGCCAACAAGCAAGUGUUGAGUACCGUCCUGCGCGCCUACGGCGAGGCUAAGCUUGCUUGCAAUGGCGCCGCAUUGGCCGUCCGGGAUCCGGGCUUUCUGGUGAAGUUCCAAGCGGGCGAACUCCACGGGGCAUUCUUGGGCCUGUCGUCCGGCACGGCUGCGGACGGUGCUGACGCUGCUGAACUGCAGGGCGGCAACCGGCUCUGCUGGGAGUACCCAAACUUCGAAAACAAGGCCCUGACCUUCGCAGACUGCUGCAGUAGCCAAGCUGCUGCCAGGCAGUGUUUCAGAGGUAUGAGCGGCUGGUUCAGCUAUGACUUCUGUUGCCUGGAACCUGCACCCGAGCACGAGAACUGCGAUUGGAAUUUUCUGCUGACCCGAGUGGGUGAGGAUGUCCAACCCCUUGAGAACUACCCGGUGAUUCUGAGAGAGGUCUGCUGCAUCUACCCCCACCCUGGCUGCUGGGGAGACACUGGAGACGGCUUGCUGCCGCCGCUCUUCGCUGAGUGCUGCUUCCCCGGCUUGCGGCGACGGCUUCUCAAUCCCCAGGAGGACGAUGCCACAUGGUUGGAGGGGGAUGUCGAUGAGGAGUUUGAAGCGCUGCACGAACGACGAUGGACAGAGGCAGACUUCGAUUUGUUCGAGGAGGAGAUGCGGCAGCAGCGUGAUGCAAAACCUGGAGAGCUGGGCUACUUGCCAUGCAGAGUGCGUGUGCGAGGUGGAAACCUCAUCCCAUGCAACCACUCGCAGUGCCAAACGACAGUGGAUCCUGGCAAUGACUGUGCCUACGUGCGCGCGGUGGAAGUGGCGCUGCGCAUCAUUGGCACUCACCUGCCGCUGCCAGAUCUCGACAUGUUUGUCAGCCCAACCAACAACGAUGCAGGCGUGUCCUCUGUGCCCGUCUUCACCCGGAGUCGUCCCCGUUCACCCCGAGGUUUCUAUAUUGCCUUGCCCUUUGAGUACCAGCUCCACCCAUGGCAAAGCCGCAAGACCACAGCAGUGCUACCCAAGGUGGCUUCAAAGCAUCCUUGGGAGCAGCGCGUCGAAAAGCUCUUCUGGCGGGGGACGAACUCUAACCACGUGAGCAACCACUGCUGGCUGAAGGAGGUGGCUGAUGGUUCCGUUCCAUGGAGCCUCUGUGUUGAGGGCUGGCGGGAAGCCCUGAUUGGGCUGCACGAUGAGUGGCACACGUCCAAGUGGAAUUUCUCAAACUGGUACCAAACACCUCGAGGAGUGCUUGUGCUGCUUUCGCAGUUCGUAGAUUCAGUCGAUGCCAAGUGGACGGGCAUCUCGCGCAACAUGGAACCCCAGCUUUGGCAAUACUUCGAAGCGGAGAACAUGACGGCGCCUUCGGUGAAGCUCUGGGACCAGCUGGCAUAUAAGUAUGGGAUCAACAUUGAGGGUACUGGCACUGGCGACCGAAUCUACUGGCAGAUGCUGGGCGGUCAGGUGGUGCUGAACCACGAGACGCCGCAGGUCUCCUGGCUGCUCGCCGAGCCAUCGGCUCUGGGUCGGCGGGGGGCCCUGCGGCCCUACCGGCACUUUGUGCCGGUUCGAUUUGACCUCGCGGAUCUUGUGGACCGACUCGAGUGGCUGAGAAGGAAUGACGAGCUGGCCAGGAGCAUCGCUGAGUCCUCUCAAAUGUUCGCAGAAAGACAUCUUGGCUACGACUCCAUCCUCUUCUACCUCGACCGGGUGAUAAGGACAGCACUACGCAGCAACUGCUUGGUGCUGCUUGCCAGCAGUACCUCGGAAAGGACCGAGUCAAGGCAACUGCUGCUCGUCAGAUCUGUGAGGUUGGCUGCGUCUGCAGCAGCUGGCGAGGUGGACGAGGUGACCUUUCAAGUCUGCAUGGUUUGUUGUGGGCGCGCGAAAGCCUGGCUGCUCGCCUUGCACUUGUUCCAGGACAUGGCAAGCUUCCAUGUCGAGCCAACAGUUGCAGGCUGCAAUGCUGCGUUGGCUGCAUGUGAGAAAGGUCACGCAUGGGAGAGUGCGCUUGGGUUGCUCAAGGAGGGCUCACUGGACACCGUGAGCUGCAACUCGGCCAUCAGCGCGUGUGGCAAGGGGCGGCAGUGGGGAUGGGCGCUCGUCCUUGUGGACUGGAUGACCCAGAAGGAGCUGGUUCCAGAUGUCAUCACAAGCAACUCACUGAUGACAGCAUUGGAGCGUGGCAUGCAGUGGCAGCGGGCCCUGCAGGAGAUUGGAGCAGCAAAGACUCCGAGCACGGUGGCCUAUAACGCCGCCAUCAGCGCAUGUGGUUCGAGCAUCAUGUGGCAACAUGCAGUAGGCCUCCUGUGCGAGCUGCGACGCCGAGAGGGUGCUGGUCUGGUGGCGUUCAACGCAGCGAUGACCGCCUGUGCCAAGGGCAGGCACUCCAGCCAGGCCCUGGCCCUCCUUGGCGAGAUUCAGGUGGCGAACCUCCAGCCCGACAUCGUGAGCUUUGGGGCAGCGCUGACUGCGUGCGAGAAGAGUGGCCUCUGGGAAGCGGCCGUCCAUACCCUGGAAGUCAAGCUGCGGGCUGCAAACAUCAAGCCCAACGUGGUGCUGCUGAAUGCUGUGGCCAGCGCUUGCGAAAAGGGCCGCCACUGGCCAGGGGCGCUCUGGGUUCUCCACCAGGCAGCUUCUCAACACCGACUUUGCCCGGAUAGCACCACCGUGAAUGCAGCCAUGGCAGCAUGCCUGCGGGGCGAGCAGUGGCACAUGGCCUUGACCCUCUUCGCACAGCUGCGUCGUUCCUCCGCUGCAUCCUUGACAUCUUACUCGGAAGGGCUCGUCAGUCUGCAGCAGGCAAGACGUUGGGAGGACGCAUUGUUGCUGCUGGACGAGAUGUUCACUGUCAACCUCAAGCCAGACUUGAAGGCCUUGGGGGCCACCUUGGGCGCUUGUGCCCUGGCACGGUCCUGGCAGCAGGCGUGGAGGCUGCUGUCGGAGUGUCGUGUCCUCACCGGGGUGCCGGCGGAUGCUGUGGCCGUGCUCCUGACUGUGGCGUCAGUCGAGCAGGCUGGCCACGCGACGCUUCUAUUUGGAACUCUUGGUCAAAAGCUACUCCGAGUUGCUUCGCGCGGUAUAGCUGAAGGUAACCCGUUUGGUGCCCCAGCAGCCGCGGCUAAUCAUUUGAAUACUCUCCACCCCAUCAUGGACAGCCUGGCGAAGCCUGUCAGAGGCUUCUCGGCCAACGGCGUCCAUGCCUGCAGCUCAGGCCUGGCGAGCUGCACCAAGAGCAUUCUGGCAGACGGUUUACGGGCCCGCCCUCGGUCUCUUCAGGAGCCUUCCAUCCCGCCAGCACGGGCAGCAAAGCAAGCUGGCCUUGCAGCAAGAGUGGUCGUCCUUCGAAGCGUUACCCUGCCGAGAGGCGAUCUUCCUGCUCGGCUUUCACCGGCCCGCUCUCCUAAAGAUGGAGAGGUGUCAGCGACAUCUGAGCCAGCCGGGACAAUGCCCUUGCCCAGAGGCGGCAUCGUGCUUUGGAGUUGGGCUGUGGGACCGGAGUUGCAGGCGCACUGCCUCAGCUUUGCCGUGCUGGGAAACGAGGUCCUGCUGACAGACAUCGGCGACACGCAGGCGUUGCUGACACAGGGGAACAUCAUGCAGAACCAGGGAUCCAUUGCAGCUGCUGGUGGUGCAGCCAGUUAUGGCAGCCUUGACUGGAGGAGGCUUCCCGAACGCGGCCAAUACGGCUACUUCGACCUGGUGUUUGCAGGGGAUGUAAUUUGGCAUGAGACCUUGGUGGAGCCGUUUCUCCAGGCUGUUGCCUGGGCCACUUCUGGCCCGGGAGCCGGUGAGGUGAUCCUCUCCCACAAGGUCCGGGACCAGGAGUCUUUGGUCCUCUUCCGCCAGAUGCUGGCCCCGAUGGGCCUGGAGAUCGUGAAAGAGGUGCUCGCUGAGCAGGCGCUCGGGCCAGAUGGGCACCCGGACGUGCGCGUGUACCACCUGAAGCGCGUGCGCUAG